AUGGCGGCGAGCGUAGCUUCCCGUCGGCGGCUAAGCAGCGGGCGCGGCAACUUUCUACGCGACCUCGAAAUGCUGCAUUCACUUUCUUCGCGGCCCGACACCGGUUACGCAACCGACGCGACCGACAUAUCGCCGCAACGAAAGCGUCCCCGUUUUGCCGACACGUCCCGCGACAUCCGAACUGCGCAGAUCGUAAAACGAGCCCGCACGAGCCGUAGCCGGAUCGCGUGCGGCCAAACCAGUUUUGUGCUGCUCACUCCUCGUAUGCUGGCGCGCCCAUUACACUUU